ACGACGAUGUCAACAGUAACCGCUGAACAGUCGACGUGACAUUCGAGCCAAGCGUAGACGCUUCCGCCAAGUGCUGUGCGCGUGUGUAUAUAAGUGUGUGUGUGUGUGUGUGUGCUCGAGUACCAAGGACAUUUAUGAAACAUAAAAUCGAACAUUGUAUACAGUGAAAUAACAGAAACAAAUAAAGAUAACAAAGAAGCUAACUAAGCAACAGCGACAGCAUUUACAACAAGAUGCAAACAUUUACUUUCUACACGCUGCUGGGCAUGGCGUUUGUCCUUGCCACAGCACGUGCCACGCCCACUCAGAACGGAAGUGACAACUCGAUAACCGGCGAUUAUGUUGGCAAGGAGGAGGAGCAGGCCAUGAUUAAGCUGAACGAGAAGUGCAUCCAGAACGAUAACCACUCGUGCAGUAUGCUCAAGACGGUCAUCUUUCUGGAUCGCCUCUUUAAGAAGUCUAGCAUUGAUUUGAGCGAGAACUUUCGGGUCUCGCGCAACAGAGCUGUGCCCGACGUACCAGACGACAGCGAGGACGAGCUGCUGCUGGCCCGCGCCAUGGACUCGGACGAGGAGUCCUACGGCCUGCUGAUAGCCAACAAGCUGUGGCGCUUCGUUCGCUCGCGCACACUGCGCUACAAGUUCUCGGACAAUGCGGACUUUGUACUGAGCAGCGGCCCCAAGGGCAGCCUCAACCUUGGCGUCUCGGUGCGUCCCAUCGAGGCGCUGGAGGAGGGGCGCGGCAAAAUGAAGAACAUGGGCCCCGUCCUAAUGAUGAUGGCGGCCAAGACGGGCAUGGUGGGCGCCAUCCUGCUGAAGGGUCUCUUCCUGCUCGCGGGCAAAGCGUUGAUUGUAUCCAAAAUAGCGCUGCUGCUGGCCGUGAUCAUAUCGCUGAAGAAGCUGCUCUCACAGAAGAAGACCAUUGUGGAGGUGCCAUCGCAUCACGACAGCUACAGCUCAGGAUGGGCGCGCGCUCUCGAUGGCUUUGUGGAGGGCUUGGCCCAGGUGCCGGCGCACAUUAUGGCCCAGGAGGCGCAGGAGAUGGCCUACAGUGCGCAGCAGCCCGACAAGGUGGCGCAAUAAGAGAAUGCUAAACAACAACAACAAUAACAACAACGAAAACAAAAACACAAUUAUGAAACAAAUAAUUGCACUACCAAAUAAUGCGAAGCUUUUCAUUACUGUUGCAUUUAUAAAGUGGGGGCCGCGCUUUUCUCAUUAUAGUUGUAAUCACGUUUUCUCUUUUCAUGAUUCUAUCUUGCUCUCACGUUCUGUCUUACUUUAUUUUGUAAUUUCUUUUUAAUUGCGUUUUAAAUGCUUGAACUUUAC